AUGAUGUGUGUUAGACUACUGGUUGUUGUCUUUGUAAUAAUGAACACAUGGCUGCUAAAGUCUGCUCAGUCAGAUCAUGUCCAAAGGUACAAACGGGCCCUGGCUCGGAAAGCAGACCGAAUCCAAGCCUCUUUAGCAAAUGAACAGUGUAGGUCCGCUAGCCGAGCUGGACAGGCUCGUUCAGCAGCUCGACAGCACCCCCUAGGGGCUCCUCUGAGGAGACACACGAGGUCGGCAGAUUUCAGCCAAGGGAGAUAUGCUUUUGUGGAAGAGUCUUGUCCUGGAGGGUGCAGCUCAGAUACCAAACAUGGUACUGAUGCCCGGAGACUGCAAAACGGGACUCACAGUACUAGGAGCAUCAGGAAAACAAAAUCCGGUGAGGGAAGCCCUGGGACAGACCCUCACAAAAGCAAUGAGAACCAUUCAGAGACUCAGGGGGUGUCGGAUGCCUACCGUCCUCAUUUUAACAAGCAGGUUCGUAGUCCCAGGGGAGAAGGAGCCUCAGACAAAGGCAAGAAGGCAGAGACCAGCAACCACCCAAAAAAGCCAUACAAAGUGACACGAUCCAGGGAAAAUCAGAGGCUGCCGAAUAACAGGCUCUCUGGCCACAGAAGGAUCCGCCGUAGCACGGCUUGGUCCUCUGGUCAGGAGAAAUUUGAGGGUGUCCCCGAGGACGAGGGGGAAUCCCACAGGAGCUAUGCUAAGUUUCAGACCGCAGACUAUUCCGCUGAGAGCGAGGACUACUCGGGGGAGCAGGAGGGGCUUGUCAGCCCCGCCAGGGAGUCUUGGGGUGCGGGCGUGCAGGACAUCCCUCCCAAGUGGAUGACUGCCAUGUACUUCAGGGGCCAGAGGGAGCAGCUGAGAGUCCACCCCGGGGCCGGCGUGCAGUUGCCCCGCACCGAAUUCAGCGUCGAGCUGUGGAUCAAGCCUGAGGGUGGCCAGAAUAACCCGGCCAUCAUCGCAGGUGUUUUUGACAACUGCUCUCACUCCAUGAGUGAGAAAGGGUGGUCUGUGGGGAUCCGGACGGUUGAUCCCAUCGGAAAAAAGGACGCCCGCUAUUUCUUCUCGCUACGCACUGACCGCGCUCUCAAAGCCACCACCAUUGUCGGGCACCAGCGCUACCAGCCCAAUGUUUGGACGCACUUAGUGGUCAGCUACAGCGGCCACAAGAUGACCCUGUAUGUGGACGGAGCGAAGGUUGGUGAGAGUGGCGGGCAGUCAGGCGACCUCUACAGUGCUUUCAUGAGCACCUGCCGUGUUCUGCUCCUUGGAGGGGACCAAUCAGAGCACAGGCACAACUUCAGGGGGCAGAUAGGCGGUAUAUUCCUGUGGGGGAAGGCACGGACCCAAGAGGGAGUCUCCAAGAGGUACUCCCAACCAGCCAAUGAGGAGCCCAUCCUGGCCCUCAGGGGGGACUUCUCCGGUGUGGAACAACAGUGGGUGCCCUACAAGGACAGCGGCCACCCCACCUUGGAAGCCGUCCCCAUUCCAAGCCAGGCCCUGGUGUCGCCCUUCCUGCCCCCGCCCUGCGGGCUGACGGUGUGCGACAACACGGACGUCGUCCUCAGCUACAACGACCACUGGCAGCUGCGGACGGGCAAGCGGAUCCGCUACCGGGUGGUCAACAUCUGCAACGACGACGGGAGCAACCCCACCGUCACCACGGGGCAGGUCCAUCUCCAGCACCAGGCCCUCAGCGAGGCCUUCCGGCCGUACAACAUCAGCUGGGAGCUGAGUGUGCACACCGUGCGCAACUCCUCGCUCCGCCAGCGCUUCAUCCUCAGCAACUGCCAGACGGGCAAGAUCGGGAACCGGCACUGCGACCCUGAGUGCGACCAUCCCCUCACCGGCCACGACGGUGGCGACUGCCUGCACCUCGGGCCCUGCUACAACUGGAAGAGGCGGGAUGGGGUCUGCAAUCCGGAGUGCAACAGCAUACGCUACGACUUCGAUGAUGGCGACUGCUGUGACCCAGAGGUCACGGACGUCAUGAAGACCUGCUUUGACCCUGAGUCUCUGGACAGGGCCUAUAUGAGUGUGAAGGAAGUGAAGGAUCUCCUACAGCUCAGCAGUGCAGACACACUUAACGUGUUCUUUGCUAACAAUUCUGUCCGUGAAGAGCUAGCAGGGGCUGCUACUUGGCCUUGGGCAAAGGAGGCCCUCAGUCACCAGGGUGGAAUGGUACUGAACCCCUCUUACUUUGGCACCGUUGGGCACAACAACACCAUGAUCCACGAAAUGGGCCACAUUCUGGGUCUGUACCACGUUUUCAAGGGGGUCAGCGAGCGCGAAUCGUGCGACGACCCGUGCAGGGAGACCACCCCCUCCAUGGAGACGGGCGACUUUUGCGCCGACACGGCACCAACCCCUAAGUCCAAGGCUUGCCGUGAUCCUGACCCCAUCAAUGACACCUGUGGCCCCACCUUGUUCCAUGGAACUCCCUACAACAACUACAUGAGUUACACAGAUGACAGCUGCACCAAUAAUUUUACACCAAACCAGGUGGCACGCAUGCAUUGCUAUGUGGACUUGGUCUACCAGAACUGGUUACACGACAAAAAGCCCACCCCUGUCCCUCUGCCUCCUAUGGUGAUUGGCCAGAGCUCAGGCUCUGUGUCCAUUCAUUGGCUUACCCCCGUGAGUGGGGCACUCCACCAGAGAGAGGGUGUUGUCAGUUGCAGAGACUGUGAGGAUGACGGGACCUUCCAUCAGUAUGCCCAUGAGGCUACCUCACCCCGUGCCUGUGACUCCUCAGGAUACUGGACACCUGAAGAAGCUGUUGGCCCCCCUGAUGUGUUCCAGCCCUGCGAACCCAGCCUGCAGGCCUGGAGCCCUGAGCUGCACCUGUACGACACCAACGUGUCGUCUCCCUGUCCAAAGAGCGAGGGCUGCGUUCUGGAGCUGCGCUUCCUCCACCCUGUGAUUCCUGACAGCCUCACUGUCUGGGUGACCUACAUCUCUGCUGACACUCAGGCAAUCGCCAACAUCGAGUUCCUGACGGACUCCGGGGAGUCCCUGCACACGGGGCCCCAGCAUGCGUUCUGUGACAUGCCCCUCACCCUGCACCUGCACACCUACAAGAAGAUCACCGGUGUCAAGAUCUGCACCUUUGACGAGAAGAUGGAGAUAGACGCUGUGCUGCUCACCUCCCGCCCCCAAAACCCACUCUGCUCCAGCUGCCACCCUCUUCGCUACCACCUUCACCGGGAUCCGCCCCUCCCCCACGGCCCCGUCCAGCAGACGCAGCUAACCUUCACCGACAGUGACGUGACAAUGGGGAUGCAGUAUCACUACAGGGUUGAGGUGGAAGCAGAUGGGAUCCUCAGUGAGCUCUCACCACCACUCCAUUAUACUCAUGGCGCUUCUUACUGUGGAGAUGGUGAGCUACAGGGGAAAGAGGUGUGUGAUGAUGGCAAUCUCCUGGAUGGUGAUGGCUGUUCCAAGAAGUGCCAGAUGGAGCCCGGGUUCAACUGUGAUGGCCAGCCCAGCCUUUGUUACGUGUUUGACGGGGAUGGCGUGUGCGAGGAGUUCGAGCGGGGCUCCAGCGUGCAGGACUGCGGCUUCUUCACUCCCCAGGGUUACAUCGACCAGUGGGCCUCUGAUGCCUGGGCCUCCCAUCAGGACAAGAGCAAGUGCCCCGCCCAGGCAGUCACAGGGGAGCCCUCUCUCACCCAGCUGUGCAAGUCCCAAUACCUGGAUAUGAAUGAUGGGCUGUCUCAUUAUGCCUGGUUUCCGUGUACUGCACAGUCUCAUGGUUCUGACCACGAGCAGUCAGUGUGGCUGAAGGUGGGGUUCUCGCGACCAGGAGUAGCAGCCUCAGUGAUCAUCUACCUGGCUUCAGAUGGAGCGUGGCCAGGAGACCAAUGCAGGAAAGUAGUCACCAUCCAGCUCAGUGACACUGCCGGCAAAAACCAUUCACUCGGCACCUACGAGCUGUCAUGCCAGCGCAACCCCCUGGUGGUCAACGUGACACACAACCUCAGCCUGCCCUUCUUCCUGACGUCGGCCGUGCAGCUCAACUUCUCAUCCCCCCUGGUGGCAGUGACGGGCGUUGCGCUGCGCACAUCUUGUCACUUCAGCGCCUUUGCCCUGACUGGGUGUGUGCGCAGGCCCUGCAGUGUGGACACCUGCAGCCCCCCGCAGCUGGAGCACGGCUUGGUCACCUGCUCCCCCGGCACUGGGCCCCCCCACUGCACUGUGCUCUGUCACCAGGGACACACUCUCAGCGUUCUGAGUGGCAAAGGCCUUCUGCCCAACCAGAAAGAGACAGAGCUGGAGUGUGUGCAUGGAGCCUGGGACCGGGUAGUGACCUGUCAGCCUAUCGACUGUGGCUUCCCAGACCAGUCCCAUGUGUACUUCUCCACGUUCUCCUGCCCUGGAGGCACCACCUUCGGCCAGCGCUGCUCUUUCACCUGCAAUACCCCUGCCAUACUGCAAGGUGAAACUGACUGGUUGGUAUGCUUAGAAGAUGGCAUGUGGUCCUUCCCAGAAGCCUAUUGCAAGAUUGAAUGCCCGGAGCCUCCGAUAGUACUCAAUGCCAAGCUCCUGGUGCCCCAAUGUGAGGGACACGGGCACGAUGUGGGCACCAUUUGCCGUUACAAAUGCAAGCCUGGCUAUUACGUAACUGGCAGUCUCAGCAAAAAGCCAAGGAAGAGGUUCCUGAAGGUUGAGUGCCUGGAGGGGGGGCAUUGGGAAGAGGGGGGCUGUGAACCUGUCUCCUGCCCACCUCCGCCCGCUGUCUUCGAGGGCAUGUACACCUGCACCAAAGGCCUGGAGUUCGACAGCCUCUGCACUCUCCACUGUCCCGACCCUGCCGAGAAGUACACCAUCCGCUGCUCAAAAGAUGGCUCAUGGACUGAGGAGUUCAGGAUGUGUAGAAGGAUAGAAGGAGCCUGCCCACCUCCCCCUGAUGUCAAUCUAGUGGAAUACACCUGUGAGGAGGGGUACAACGUGGGUGCGGUUUGCUACCCAACAUGCAUUGUGGCCUUGAGUGACCCAGUAGUGCUGGCCAAUGACAUCACCGCAGACACUGUCAAGCAUUGGAUGCUGCCCAGCAAAGUUCAGAGCAUUGUGUGCACUGGCAUGAUGAGAUGGCACCCUGACCCCAAGCUUGUCUACUGCAUACAGUCAUGUGAGCCCUUUGGGGGUGAUGGCUGGUGUGACACCAUCAACAACCGGGCGUACUGCCAGUACGAUGGAGGAGACUGCUGCCCGUCCACUCUCUCCACCAGGAAGGUCAUUCAGUUUGGGGCCGACUGCGACCAGGACGAGUGCACUUGCCGUGACCCAGAUGCAGAGGAGAACCAGCAGAAAAACAAGUACUCGGGCCCUGGGCUGUUCUGAAGAGCCAGCAGGACUAAUGAGUCCAACGGAAGAGAAAGCACUGGGAGAAGCUGGUGUUCCAAGCAGAUGACAUCCAAUUAACUUCACCUCUGAACUUGAAAUCACAUUUUAUUUUGUUGUCCUUACUGGAGAAAUU